AUGUUUUUGAGCCCUACAAAAUCUAAUUGUCAGCUUACGCGAAGAAUUGAUAUAUCGUCGAGAGGAGAGCGCAACACAACAACCGCGAAAAACCCAGCUGGCGCGAAUACGGCCUGCAAACUAGAGCUUUCAGAUGGCCGUGGUUUUCUGUUGAUCAGUCCGUCUCACCAAUACAAAGUCGAUCAUGUCCACGGCAACUCUACCGAGUACAGAAACCUUGUUGGGAGAUACCGGACUAAAGCAAUGGGUUUUUGGGUCAUCUUCCUAGAUGGUAUGCGCUGGUAUCCCCGAACUUGUGAUGAGGUAAUCGAAGUGAAGUUCGGCCCUGGAACCGGCCACUACGUCCCUCGCUUUAUCAAUAGCCAAGGCGACGUCCUUGGUUCCUAUAUGACAGCCUCUGAGCUAAGUCACGGGCCUCUGUUCUCUUUCAUACCCCGAAAUAGACCAGUUUGGGAUAACCACCUUACUUCUAGUUCCUUUUACGAUAUGCCCCAUGUCUCCUCCCAAUCCCAAGUCUACAUCAAGGACCACCGGGAGGAGUUGAUGGCCAUACCUAAUGGACGAAUGAUGAUAUGGUAUGCGGGAAGUCCAGAGAGCCCGCCUAUGCACUACUGGAAUAGCCUUCGACAAUGUUCUCAGAGGGUUGACACUCCAGAUCCUCUAGAACAACAUCCAAAUGCGAGACGGGCGCAAAAAGCCGAGGUUCCAGAGUCAAUAAGGAAGAUAGCUCGGGAGAUAGGAAAUUUGGUCUGA